GCUUGACUCGGCAGCUUUCCGUCUUCCUGGUUUUUGCGGAGCGGAGGUUUUUGUGCCUGUUUGUGGACACAGUAAAGACUUCACCUGGACCAGACAUACUCAGAUUUAUUCAGAAAUGUGUUUCUAACGUGGAGUUUUUUAUCCAAACUGUCGCUGACGUCUGAAAUCUGAUGUUGGGAGACUUUAAUCUGAAAGAAGCAGCGGCGGCCGUUUCCGUUCAGCCCAUUUAACAUCCAUCAGUCAGAACCGUCAAACAUGAGACGGGACCGCACUUUUUUAACGUUUCUAAUCGUUUUUACCUUCUUCACCGAGGCCGUCUCCUCUCCGCCUGCAGACACGGAGCCGCAGGAGUACGACUCUCUCAGGUCGAUGCUCGAUGAUUUCGACGUGCUUCCUCUCUCCAGCCUCGAGACACACUCCGUCCGCCGCCGCGACAUCCAAACCCAGACUCAUGUGGAGAAGACACUCAGCUUCGACGCCCUGCAGAGGCGGUUCAGACUAUACCUGAGGACAAACGACGAGCUGUUCACAGAGGACUUCAGAGCCGUGGUCGUGGACGAGGAUGGCCGAGAGCGGAGCUACCCAGUCAACAGACACAACUACUUCACCGGACACGUCAUUGGGGAGGAAAACUCUCGAGUUCAGGCUCACAUCGACGACCACGAGUUCUCUGCUCACAUCCUGACCGAUGAGGCCGAGUAUAACAUCGAGCCUCUGUGGAGGUUCACGUCAGCGCCACCUGAUGGUCGUCUGCUGAUCUACCGCUCAGACGACAUCAGGAACCUCAGCCGCCUCCACCAGCCGUCAGUCUGUGGCUACAUGACCUCCAACCCCAGCCACCUCCUCCCUGACAGUGUCAGAGCAGCCAUGUUGGAGGAGCAGGAGGAAGAUGAGUCGGUGAUCAGAGGGAAACGUCACGUCCACGACCACAAGAAAAACACCUGUCCUCUGCUGCUGGUGGCCGACCAUCGCUUCUUCAAACACAUGGGCCGAGAGGAGGAGAGCACCACGCUCAACUACCUGAUCGAGCUGAUCGAUCGCGUCGACGACAUCUACCGGAACACGUCAUGGGACGAGGAGUUCACAGGUUACGGAGUUCAGAUCCAGCAGAUCAUCAUAGAGAAAAGUCCGACUCCUGUAGCUCCAGGAAAAAGCCACUUCAACAUGAGAGGGAGCCCGAUGGAGGACAGAGACGUCUGGGACGUUAAGAAGCUGCUGGAGCAGUUCAGCGUGGACAUCGCAGAGAAAGCCUCCAAUGUCUGCCUCGCUCACCUCUUCACCUACCAGGACUUCGACGAAGGGACUCUGGGUUUGGCCUACGUCGCCCCGUCCAAACCCGACAUCCCCGGAGGACUCUGCUCCAAAGCGUGUCCUUCGUCUACGAACGAACAGAGAGCGAUUUACCUCAACACAGGUCUGACCAGCACCAAGAACUAUGGGAAAACCAUCCUCACUAAGGAAGCAGACCUGGUGACGACCCACGAGCUCGGCCACAACUUCGGAGCGGAGCACGACCCCGACAACAUCCCAUACUGCGCCCCCCGGGAGGACCAGGGAGGGAAAUACGUCAUGUACCCAAUCGCUGUGAGCGGAGACCACGUCAACAACAAGCUGUUCUCUAACUGCAGUAAACGCUCCAUAGUGAAGCGUCUGAGGUCAAAGGCGCCGUCCUGCUUCAAGGAAAGAAACAUCAAUGUGUGUGGGAACUCUCGGGUGGAGCAGGGGGAGGAGUGCGAUCCAGGACUGCUUCACAUCCACACGGACCGCUGCUGCACCGCUGACUGCAGGCUGAAACCCGGAGCUCAGUGCAGUGACAGGAACAGCGCGUGCUGUAAAAACUGCAGGUUCGAGUCCAAAGGUGAGGUCUGCCAGGAGCCCAUCGACGCCACCUGUAAAGGACACUCCUACUGCACAGGAAACAGCAGCGAAUGUCCGCCGCCUGAAAACGCUCCAGAUAAAACGGUGUGUCUGGACAACGGAGAGUGUCUGAACGGAGAGUGUAUUCCUUUCUGUCAGGCCAUCUUGAAGCUGCAGCCCUGUGCCUGCAACGAAACCAACUCGUCAUGUAAAGUCUGUUGUCGGAGCAGCAGUGGAGUCUGCGCCCCCUACCAGGACAAAACAGGAAGCUUUCUGUUCCUGCGUAAAGGCAAACCCUGCACCGUGGGCUUCUGUGACGGAGCGGGGAAGUGUAUGAAGCAGGUGCAGGAUGUCGUGGAGCGACUGUGGGAUUUCAUCGACAAACUUGACAUCAACACGUUCGGGAAGUUUCUGGCCGACAACAUCGUGGGUUCAGUGGUGGCGUUCUCCCUGCUCUUCUGGGUUCCCUUCAGCAUCCUGGUCCACUGUGUGGACAAGAAGUUGGAUAAACAAUAUGAACAGACGACCAAGUCUUUGUUCUUCCCCAGUAAUGCCGAGCUCCUGAGCAGCCUGGAGUCUGCGUCAGUUCGGAUCUUCAAACCUCCUAACUUCCCCACCGCCGCCCCUCUCCGUUUCCAACCGUCCGGCCCCCAACAGACCAGCACCCCUCCGGUCUCCGGCUUUGCUCCCAGCCCUGACCCUGGCCCGACUCCCGGUCAAGCCCCUCCUCCCCCUGCUCUGGACAGCCCCCGCAUGGCCACCAUCCAGGAGGACCCCAGCUUGGACUCCCACCUGGAUGAGGAGGCCCUGGAGGAGGCGUUCGGGCGUCCGGCGGGUGCAGCUCAGCGCUCCUUUGAGGACCUGACGGAGAAAGGCGUGACAAGUCGCAGCGAGAAGGCGCUGCUGUUCAGACUGCAGAGACAACAUCAGAUCGACACCAAGGAGACGCAGUGCUGAGGCAGGUGGACUUCCUGUCCGACACCAGGUGGUUCAUCCCGUUCAGGUCUUUGAGUUCUGGUUUUACAGCUUUUUAAACUGGCUCUGUACUGAAGACCGAUGCAUGGCUGCUUUGUUACAGUAAAACUCUGAUCACACAGGUUUGACACCUUUUUACGUUGUUUUCCACGUCCUCAUGUUUUUUAAAAUAAGACCAGGUCCAACACGGAUCAGAAAAUCACUUUUUUAUUGUCUAGAGAAAAUCUGCCUUCAAAGUGUCUCCUGUGUGGUCAGACCUUGGCUUCAAAUCGUUGCUUAAUCCUUCUUCAGCUGGAAAAUUCACUUCAGGAUCCGUCCUCAUCACGAGUUAAAGUUUUGUAUCAUGGAGACACAAAUCACAUUGUUCUUGAAGCUGUAGCAUCCAGGGCGGAGUAUCAAACAUGUUUUGGUACCAAUUAAAUUUGGCUCAGAAUCUCCAUACUGGUUUUAGUUCCUGAAUGCCCCUUGAAUGGCUCAUGCUCAUUUCUGUUGCCUUAUGCCCUUUCUAGUUAUCAAACCUUCCUGCGCUUAACGUUUAGUUCCUAAAUGCCCCAUGUUCAUUUUAGUUCCUGAACACCCAGUUUAGUUCUGCCAUUAGUCAAGCAAUAAAAAAAAAAUGCUUUUAGAGAGUUUUAUUCAGGUGCAGAGACGAAAUGAAAGUUUUUCUUCUAAGAACUUCAGUUUGUUUUAUAUUUCUGAAAUUAAGGAAUCAAAACUCAGGUAUCAAAAUGUUUCAGAUGAUAGCUCAGCUCUACCUGCAGUGCUGAUUUAAAAUCUUAAGUAUUAAGAAUGACAAUCAUCUACGUACAGAGUGCCUGUUUAACGGAAGCAAUAACUUUGUUUGUGACUUAAACUUGAUCUUAAAAAAGUCGAUAUUUGGUCGACAUCAGCGUCAGAAAACAUCACCAGCAUUUAGAGAAACAGCAGUUUGUUCUGGAGCUUCUACUUAACGAUUUAUAGACGGUGUCAGAUCUCAGAUAAACUUCUCACCAUCAAACAUCCAGGUUCAGGUGGCCUGGCUGCUGCUGGUACAGAGACUCAGAGUGUUCAAAACUGAAUUAUAUUAUGAAAUCAAUAAUCAUGGAAAUAAAUACAGACAAAAUAUUAUCUAAGUAUGAAUUUGUGAAUUAUUAUUUGGGUGUCCUGUGCCCUGUUGAAACUAAUUCAUAGACUUUAUCUGUGUAUUUUUAUUUCACAGUGUUAUAUUUGUUUGAUUUUGAAACCUUUGGGCCUCCAUAUUUUAGAGUCAAAAAUUAAGCAUCAAUAAGAAAACAGGCACCCGAUCAGCCGACGACAUCACCUGUAUUUUACAAGCACCAGGUGUUAAAACUUCAGGUUUUCACUGUAGAUUAUUUAAAGCCUAAUAAAUAUUUAAAAAGCCAAUAAAGCAAUAAUCAGUCGUUUCAUCACGACAGCAACAAAAGUGCCAAAAAUUCAAUGGCUUCGGCUCCUCAGACGUGAUUAUUUGUAGAAAGUUUUUUACAGAUUCAUAGACAAAAGGAUUUAUUGUGAAAAUAUUCAGCAGAUUAAUCGACAGAGACAUAAUCAACAGUCAAAACUUUAAAAGGCCAAAGUUCACUGAAAGCUAAUGAAGCGGCCAAAUAUUUUAUUUAUUCACUUGUUUGCUAUAUAAAUCAGUAAAUGUCAGUUCAGAGGUCAAAGAUCUUUAUCAGAAAUGUUCUGAGUUGAUUUUAAAUAUUUAAAAAUGUAAAAUAUGUGAAGGGAUUUUUUGGUUGGUUUGGUUUUCUACAUUUUCUAUUCAUGUAAGAAGAUUUAAAUAUUUUGGGAGAAUUUAAGGCAGUUGGAGUUAGGAAAUGUAAACAUAUACGUAAACUCCACAAACAAAAACAUUUUAACAUUGGCCUCAAAGUUUCAGUCGACUUUUAGUAAAAAUCGUUUCUGUUUUUCAGGAUCAAGUGUCUCACUGGGAAUUGAACCCGGCAUUGUUAGUGCCUUGCUCAACGUACUGAGCUACACAAGACUCUGUAAAUAAAUAUUAUACAUAUGCAAAUGUUACUGCUACAGAAAAUACUCAUAUCUGACGUGGUCGUCUGUUUCUGUUUAUAAAGUCGCAACAUUUGAAGUUUAUUUAUGAUUAAAUUCUCUUUCUAUGGAAGCCCAUUCCUACCAAACAAGUCAAUUUUAAUUACAAUAGAACUGAUUAUUUUGAUAAUUGACUAAACAUCUAAAUCUUUUUUCAGGCAGUAAGAGCUAAAGAUAUAUAUAUCUUUAAAGAGACGUUGGUCUAAAGGAUGUUAUGAUGGGCAUUUUCUUUACUCUUUUCUAAUGUUUUAUAGAUUAAAUAAUUGAAUGAUUAAUCAGAAAUAUAACCAGCAGGUUAAUCAAUAAUAGUUCAUUAUAUUUUUAAUUAAAUAUCUUUAAAACAUACAGCGCCCUAUAAACAUUUCAUAGUUUUUUGUUUUUUUUUGGCAGUUGUGGGCUUCCCUAUUUUCUAAACUGUUGAGGAUUUACGUUUCUGUUCAGAGUCGAUCUUUCAGUCUGAUGUGACUGUGUUUUUUUUUUUUUUUGGAUGAGUUGAAAACACAGUGGUGUAUGUUGUAAUGUUAAAAUCCCUUUAAAUCAAACUUCAGUCAAAAAACCAAGGUUUUUACAGCUGUUUUCAUGGUUUCAAAUCAACCUGUGUCACUGGGAGAACAAUCAAGCUGUUUGGUACCACAGUUUAAUUUUCAAUAAAUCUGUUUGUUUUUUAUUGAUCGUCAAACUUUUGUUCUCAAGUCUUGUAUUGUUUUAUUUUUUUUAACUGAAACUCAGACUGUUGUUAAAUCUGUAUUUUUUAAGUGUCAGUCUGGAAUCAGUUCUUCUCUUCCUCUGUGGUAUUCAAAUGCACUAGUCAGUAUUUUAAUGUUGUGUUUUACAUGUGUUGAGUCCUGUGCACUGUGACGUUUCAGUCUUUUGUUUUAUGCUGAUGAUCGUUUGUAUUGAUCCAUUUAAAGCUUUUGAGUUUAAUGUGUUGACGUCAUCGUGUUUACCUGUCGGACUGUGACGUUCAGUCUGAAAAUAAAAUGUUUUCUCAGUUCUA